AUGCCCAUCGACGACAUCAUAGAUACAGAUUGGCAGAUCGUCGACGGCAACGAAAUACCUUCCAGUCACAAUGCAGCGGCAUCAAGCAGACGGACAGCAUACAUCAGCUUCCAAGUCUCCCUCCGCGCAGGAGAAAGCAUGGAAUCAUCUUCAAACGCUCCGCCAGUCACAGACGCCUCAGAAAGCACCGAGUCGAACAGCGCCAGACCCAUCGCCGCACAGUCUGAGUCUCGACUCCUCGCCCUUCCUGCAGAGAUAAGACUUCACAUCUACGAAUUUCUCCUGCAAAGCCCAAGGUCCACCGACCUAGGCCUCCAUCUCCGCCGACGAACACCGACCAACAAGCCAUCCGUGCUCGUAGUUCUCCUGACAUGCCGCCAAAUUCACUUCGAAGCCGAGAAAAUCUUGUACCAAAUCAACAGGCUACACUGCCACGAUCUGCGGAACUUUCUAGCAUCGCUAGGUCCCGUACGCCGAGAAGCCAUCACGAGUUUGACCAUCGCGGCCGUGCAGGCAGCUAAUGCAUACGGCGAUAUAUCACAGUUGCACCUUUUGCCGAAUCUCCGGUCUCUCUGGAUCGAGAGGGUGCAGAGUAUCAGAUUCAUUCAACCUUCAUCCUGGGCUAUCUUCACGAAGCAGAUCGUUACAGAGAUUGAGCGCCAUGAAGGGCUCGAGGAGGUCAAAAUCAUCACGCCAGAAACGUCAGACCCCAGUGAGCACGAGCUGAAGAAAUUGCAAAGAUUGCGGGGGAUUGAUGGAAUGAUCGAAGGUGCUGUCAAGAAGAAAAAGUAA